AUGUCUCGUAAAUUAAAAGAUAAAAAAUUUAAACAAAAAGGGUUGAAAGGAUCAUUACAACGUCAUAUAAUUCAAGAUGAGUAUAGUAAACAAGCUGCUAAAAAUAAAGAAAUUGAUAAAGAAAAUAAAGCAAAUAAAUUAAAAUCAAGAAAAGCUUCAAAAAAAUCAAGACAAAAUAAUGUACAACAAAAAGUAAAAGGUUUAAUGCCUUUUAAACUUGAUGAUCAUCUUUUAUUAAUUGGAGAAGGAGAUUUUUCAUUUGCUAAAUCACUAAUAUUUCAAAAUUUCAUUCUACCGAGUAAUUUAAUUGCAACCUCAUAUGAUUCAAAAGAUGAACUCGAUAAAUACCCUCAGGCCAUUGAGAAUAUAAAAAAAUUGGAAGAGUUAGGUGUGAGAAUUAUAUACAAUGUUGAUGCUACUAAUCUUCCGACUACUUUAGGCUUAAUAUUAAACUCAAAACAGAAAAAAGCAGGUAAAUCAAUUUCUCUAUUUGAUGAUAAAUCUAAAAUUGACUAUAUAAUGUUUAAUUUCCCACACUCAGGUAAAGGAAUCAAAGAUGUUGAUAGAAAUAUAAGAGAUCAUCAAAAAUUAAUACUUGAAUAUUUUCAAAAUUGUAAAAAAGUAUUUGAAUUGAUAAAUGUAGAUACUAGUGGAUACAACAAUGUUUCAGGUAAAAUCAUAUUAAGUUUAUUUGAAGGUGAGCCUUAUAAUUCUUGGGGAAUUAAAAUUCUAGGCAAAUUUGAAGGUUUUAAAGUUGAAAAAUCAGGUAAAUUUGAAUGGGAUAUGUUUCCUGAAUAUCAUCAUAGAAGAACAAAUAGCGUGAAAGAUACAACAAAACCAGCAAAUGAAAGAGAUGCAAGGAUGUAUAUAUUUGAAGAAUUUAUUAAAAAAAAAGAUGAAGAUUAA